AUGCAUUGUUGGUGCUACGCCCCUGAUCCCAACGUUCCACUGAAUCCAUACUUUAAGCUACUUGAUGAUAAGGGCCGUGGAGAAGAAGAAAGUGUUAUUCUUAAGAUAAAUUUCGUAAAUCCCAUGGGCAGGGCAGUUGAUAUUUUGCAAGUACCGGCCGGGAAGGAGGAUUGA